AGCCAAAAGAAUUGACCGUAUCUUAUCCCCAUUAAUAAGCCAACAAUCUUAAAAAAGCAAAGUAACUAAAAUAAAUCAAUUCGAUUCUUGAAUGGUUUUAUUUCGCGGUUAUUACUUCCUAAAAAAGAUCAGUAAGAUAUAUAUUUUGAUUGUAUUUGAUACAGUUUUCUCUGUUUUUUGUUGUUCUCCUUAUUUCACCUGUUUUGUCUCGACUGCCGCCCCCUACUCUACUUAUUUCGAGGGUUUUCUAUAAAUUUAGAAGGAACAGUUCACCAUUGACAGUUCAUCAAUGACUAUAUAUCAAGCUGUUUUAAUUUGGCAGGUGUGUUUUGGGGUUGUGUUUUUUUAGUGUAACGUGAUCAUCAAAUUAUGUUUUAGGAUUGAUUAGUGUUGUGGACAGGAUGCGUUUCUUCUUUUUAACCAUUGCACUCUCCGCUAGUUGCUUAGCUCAAGAGUAUGAAGAGCUGGAACUGUACAACAAUUAUGACGAAUAUGGUGCAUUAACUGAUGCAUCAGGCGGUGGAGGCAGUAAGGGCCAAACAAAAUUAGGAUUUAGUGCAGGCAGUGGUUUAAGAAGUAUCGCUGAAGGUUCCUUCAAUUCAGCCAAUGACGCCGUCAAUAAUCAGGAUGCUGCAGGUCAUCAAGCAGCAUUUGUAGCCAAAAAUACUUUGGCGCAAGCCGCAGCUGGGGCCUCUGCAACAGCCCAAGCUGCUUUAGCCGGGAAACAGAUACUCCUCCAAGGCCUAGAGCAGCAACUGCGAGAUGCCCAAACGGCACUAAUGGGUGAAAAACAGCAAUUGAUGCAGGCUCAACGUUCCGCCGAUGCAACAAUGCGUGCAGCUCAAGAAGCUCGUGCCCAUGUUAACGUCCUCACCAACACUUUGAACGCUGCUCAAACCAAUGCUGACCAUAUGACCCAAGCCGCCUCCGAGGCAGCUGGGGAACUCGCAGCGCAGCAGUCGAUGGUCGGUUCAGCGAAGCAAAGAGUGGAUCAGCUAAGUAAGCAAUUGGCAAAUGUCCGCAUUGACUUCGAAGCAACAAGAGCUGCGGCACAGAAAGCGCAAGCUGCUGCUCAAGCAGCCGCUGCUAAUGCUGCCGCCGCAGCAGCAGCAGCUGCCGCCGACCUAGCGAAAAGUGCUCCGUCCCCGCCUCCAUCAAUUGGGAAAGGGAGUAAUGGCGGGGGCGCUGGAAAAGGGGGCUCAGGCGGCCAGGGGAGUAAAGGCGGCGGUCAAGGGGGCAAAGGAGCAAGCGGUGGGGGUGGUGCAGGGAAAUAUAUUCAAGGGAUUGAAGGCAAUGUGGCAUACGUUGAAGACAAUUUUUAUCACCCCUUUCACUACAGCAAGUAAAGGAGCUAGUUAAUUUUUUGUGAAUUUUUUUACCUGUUGUUAAAUAUAAAUUUUUAACAUAAGAAUAUUUAUUUGGGCUGUUUUACAUAAAUAAAAGAUUCUUUCUACUCUAUCGUUUGUAUUCAAGGUGUAGGAAAUGAAGCAACUAUUAUUAGCAUCCUAGUAAAAUUAGCCAUGAUUUAAUAAUUCUUGCUUAAAAGUGUCUAACAUCAAUGUCGUCUUACUUUAUGGCAUACGCCACACUAAAAGAGAGAGUUAACCUUUAAAAUUAGGAGAUUACCGCUUAAAAAUUAUCAAUACAUAAUGAAAAUAUUUCUUAAUAUUGCAAAAUUAUCUAGACUGUUACA